AUGGCCGAUGCGCCAGACCCCAAACCGCAAUCGCUGAGUCCUCUCGACAAGGAGCAACGACAAGGCCUGAUAGCAAUCCGAGACUUCCUCCGCAAGCGCACCAGCUACGAUGUGCUUCCGCUGUCGUUCCGCCUCAUUGUGCUCGACACCGAUCUGCUGAUCAAGAAGAGCCUCAACAUCCUGAUCCAGAACUCCAUUGUAUCUGCCCCUCUAUGGGACUCGCACGCCUCGCGGUUCGCCGGCAUCUUGACCGCGACUGAUUAUAUCAAUGUGAUUCAGUAUCACUGCCAGUUCCCCGACGAGAUGAACAAAUUGGACCAAUUCCGCCUGAGCAGCUUACGAGACAUUGAAAAAGCAAUUGGAGCAACCCCCAUUGAAUCUGUUUCUGUCCAUCCUUCGAGACCGCUCUACGAAGCUCUUCGACGCAUGCUCAAGACCCGCGCACGAAGAAUUCCCCUUGUCGACGUUGAUGACGAGACUGGGAGAGAGACUGUCGUCUCUGUCAUUACCCAGUAUCGAAUCCUCAAAUUCAUCGCGGUCAAUAACGAGCACAAUACCAUUCUACUCAAGAAGACGCUUCGCGAGCUUCAUCUAGGGACAUACACAGACAUCGCCGUUGCGCGCAUGGCAUCCACAGUUCUCGAGGUUAUUGACCUCAUGGUCAACAGGAAUAUUAGCUGCGUGCCCAUCGUUGACUCCGAAAAUAGAGUCCUCAACGCAUUCGAGGCUGUGGAUGUCAUUCCCUGCAUCAAAGGAGGGGCUUACGACGACCUGAAUGGGACUGUGGGCGAGGCGUUGUGCAAAAGACCGGAAGACAACCCAGGCAUCUUCACGUGCAGCGAAGACGAUAGGCUGGAUUCUAUUUUUGACACUAUUCGCAAGAGCCGCGUACACAGGCUAAUCGUUGUGGAUGACGAAAAUAAGCUCAAGGGCGUUAUUUCACUUUCCGAUAUCCUCAAGUACGUAUUGCUUCACGACGAAGACGAGACCGCUGAGUCAUAA